AGGGAAAGGCAUUGAAGCGAGAGGAGAUUCACACAACUUAACUUAAACUGAACAGGAAAACAGAUCCUAACACGACGUAGAUAGAGAGAAGACUAAAGAGACGUCUUCUAGAGAAGCAUAGACAGCAUUAAGACCCUUCAUUAGAACAAGCUACGAUUCUAUGUUGUUAGAACAAGUAGAUAGACACAAAAGGACGAACGAGAGAGAGAGAAAGUUUGGAUUCUAGUGUUGUCCAACACCAAGCAGCAAAGGACACUUUAAAAAAGGCUUUCUACCUAUAUAUUUUUUUUUACAUUUGUCAGUCUGCAUCAGUCUCAUUUGGAUAAGAGAAGUCCUGGACCCUCCACUCCUGCCGGUGGCCAGGAUGGAGGUGGAUGUGGACCUGGGCUUUGCCCUCUUCUUUGUCUUCCUACUGUGUUCCUUCCUGCUGUUCACCAUAGUGCGCUGUGCCCAGAUGGUCCUGAACCCCUACAGCGCCAUCUCUGUCGCCGCAUACCAGAAUACGGAGGAACAACCUGAGGAGUGA